CGUGCGGGAUCGACCUCUGACUGCCGAGUCAGAGUGAGAAGUGAAUUUCAGCUUUUAACAGGACUCCAUUGGCUCUGAACGGUCUUUGAAUGAGCUGCCACCUUCAACGCUCAACAAGUUGUUUUAUUUUUUAAGGAGGCUUUUGAAUUCGUCAGAGCGCACCGUUUCACCGUGGAGCUGCUUAGAGCCUAUUCGUCUGUCCUCAGUGCCAAACGGGGCGAAGGGACACUGCCUGUUGUCUGGACACAAUGUCACUGAAAGUCGGCAGAAGUGCGAAUAGAUGGCUGAUGAGAGAACUGAAGAUUUCGGGCGUCCGACCAAGUUAAUUCCGGCACCGGUAUACGAAAUAGCCCUGUUGUAGAGCCGCUCCUCUGGCAGCCAGAGCGCUUCAGUCAGGCAACAUUUCGGCGCGCCUUCCAUCAUGAUGACACUGAAAAUGACAACGUGCCGCGGAUUCCGUGAAAACACGGGCUAGAUUGGUGGUAAAUUGAGGUUGACGAUUUCCAUCGUCUGUUUUUCUGUGUGCGUGUUUCUGGUGGGUGUCAUAAUGAAUCAGUGCGCCUUGGAGUACGAGCGCCCGUGUGUGCCUAUUGUGUGCGUCCCUUAUGUACAUUAACAAUCCAACCCUCCUGACAGAGAAUCAAGUGUCCUUGUCAUUCACCCGCGGAUGAAUGUCUCCACUCUGCCACUUUCACGCUCAGUCAUCUCUUAGCCUACAUAAUGAUAUAUAUAGAAAAUAGCACAAUUGGGUGAGCAGCCUGGACAUAUAGGCUACACAGACAGGACUCGGUCAGUGAAGGGCGAGCUCCGUUAUCUACAAAAGACAGGGAAUCCGGUGCCAAUAUGACCGGCGUCGGAGCGAUGAGGGCGGCUGUGAAGAGGAGAGGGAGGGCCUCGGGGGAAGAGCAACGUUUCAAGGACGAGGAAGGAGGAAUUAUACAGAAACAUCUGUAAGGACAAACGAGACUCCUUAAGAGAAGAGUAAAAGUGAAGCUGCUGGCGUCACACCGGCAGGAAGGAUUUAAUGGAUGGGGCUUUUUCCAAGGGCACUGAGGUAGCCUAAGCAUGGCCACAUCGACGGAGAGAGGGUGGAAAUGUGAGCUGACGGCUCCGGGAGAAUGACUAGAGAUACAGAGACCACUCUACUUUAGUGUCUUCAAUUUAACAUUCAGAUUGACAUUGACAUUCUCACCUAGCCUAUGUAAUCUAGACAAGUUGACUUAAGACCAAAAGGUAGUUUUCCUGAGGGGGCGGGAGUUACAGGUUAAUUUCACCCUCCCUUCACCCUCCACCUCCCUGAGCCGGGAUGGAUGGGGUGGCUGGAGGCGUGGGUACCCCCAGUAGCGCCGGGGGCUCUGGGUGUGACAGCCUUCCCAGACGAAGCGGAGGGGACUCGAAGCGGCGCAGUAAGGGCAGCCUGCCCUCUCCGGGCUACAGGCUGUCCCAGGCCUCACUGGAAGGGGAAAGGGGCUCCUUCGGGGCAGACAGCACCUCCCUGAGUGGACGCGGCCGCCGCCUCUCCAUCAUGAGCUCCUCCACCAGGGACGGCGUUCCCUUUCGCCCAGCCGGUACCCCAACCACACCGGUACCCCUGCCGCCUCCUCCGCCCUCCUCGUCUGUCACAGCCCACCCUCCUCCGCGCUCAGUGGGCUUUACUGCGUCCCGCGCCGCCCUGGCCUCCACCUCCUCCACCGGGACCGGAGUGAUGGUGGUGGCCACAGGCCUAGAGACCACCACCACCACGGCCUGUAACACCACCGCCGCGGGGAGCCCUGAGAUGAUGGGUCAGCAUGGACUGGGUUUGUUUGGCAUGGGUUUAGACGGGGAGGACUACAGCACCUCCAACCAGAGCACUUUCAUCCAGAGGCAGUUUGGAGCCAUGCUUCAGCCCGGGGUCAACAAGUUCAGCCUGCGCAUGUUUGGAUCACACAAAGCUGUGGCACUGGAGCAGGAAAGACUGAAAUCAGCAGGGACAUGGAUCAUACACCCCUACAGUGACUUCAGAUUCUACUGGGACCUGUUGAUGUUAAUGUUGAUGAUGGGGAACUUAAUCAUCCUGCCAGUGGGCAUCACUUUCUUUAGAGACGAGAACACUCCCUCGUGGAUCAUCUUCAACGUAGUCUCAGACACUCUCUUUAUGGUCGACUUGGUUCUCAACUUCAGGACCGGCAUCAUCAAGGAAGACAACACUGAGAUAUUGCUGGACCCCAGGGCAAUCCGCCAGAAUUACCUGAAGAGCUGGUUCUCUGUGGACUUUGUGUCCUCCAUUCCCGUGGACUACAUCUUUCUGAUGGUGGACAGUCUCGACUCCGAGGUCUACAGGACGGCCAGGGCACUGCGCAUCGUCCGCUUCACCAAAAUCCUGAGCCUGCUUCGACUGCUCCGCCUGUCCAGACUAAUCCGCUACAUCCACCAGUGGGAGGAGAUAUUCCAUAUGACCUAUGAUCUUGCCAGUGCCAUGGUGAGGAUAGUUAACCUGAUCGGCAUGAUGCUACUGCUGUGCCACUGGGACGGCUGUCUCCAGUUCCUGGUGCCCAUGCUGCAGGACUUCCCUCCUGACUGCUGGGUUUCCAAGAACCUGAUGGUGAAUGACACAUGGGGCAUUCAGUACUCGUAUGCUCUAUUCAAAGCCAUGAGCCACAUGUUGUGUAUCGGGUACGGUGCCCAGGCUCCAGAAGGGAUGACUGAUGUGUGGCUCACCAUGCUCAGUAUGAUCGUAGGAGCCACCUGCUACGCCAUGUUCAUCGGCCACGCCACCGCUCUCAUCCAGUCACUGGACUCCUCACGGCGACAGUACCAGGAAAAGUAUAAGCAGGUGGAGCAAUACAUGUCGUUCCAUAAGCUUCCUGCAGAUGUUCGGCAAAAGAUCCAUGAGUAUUAUGAGCACCGUUUUCAGGGGAAAAUGUUCGAUGAGGAGAACAUCCUGGGAGAACUUAGUGAGCCACUUAAAGAGGAGAUAGUCAGCUUUAACUGCCGCAGCUUGGUGGCUAACAUGCCGUUGUUCGCCAACGCUGAUCCCAACUUUGUGACUGCUGUGCUGACCAAGCUCCGCUUUGAAGUGUUUCAGCCUUCAGACUUCAUUAUCCGCGAGGGCACAGUCGGGCGGAAGAUGUACUUCAUCCAACAUGGACGAGUCAGUGUGCUGACCCGUGGCAACAAAGAAACCAAGCUGAGCGAUGGGUCUUACUUUGGCGAGAUCUGUUUGUUGACUCGUGGACGGAGGACAGCCAGCGUUCGUGCAGAUACAUAUUGUCGUCUAUACUCUCUCAGUGUGGACAGCUUUAACGAGGUGCUUGAGGAACACCCGAUGAUGCGGCGUGCCUUCGAAACUGUUGCUGUUGACCGAUUGGACCGUAUUGGUAGGAAGAACUCCAUGCUUCUGCGGAAGUCAUCCCAGGUUGGUUCCCUGGGGGGCAGUAUGGGUCGUGGUGGAGGCCGGGGUGGAGGGGGUCCAGGAGCCGGAGGCGGCCUGGCAGGGGGCGGCCUGGGUUCCUGUGACAGCAUGCUGGUGCAGCAGAUUGUCAAACACGACAGCAUGCCUGCCAUGCAGGAUGCUAUUGCGGCUGCUGCUGCAGGAAGAGGUGGAGUCAUGGGAGGAAGUGGCACAGUGUCUCCUCGCCCACGGCCGGUCAUCUGGGCACCGCUGGUUCACGCCCCCCUGCAGACUGCGGCUGCCACCAGUAAUGUAGCCAUCGCCCUCAUGCACCAGCAGCAGCAACAACAGCAGCAGCUACAGCAGUUGCAGCAGCAGCAUGCGCUUGGAGGUGCUUUCUUCUUGCCCUCCCCUCUUGUCUCUCCCUCUCCCUCCUCCUCUUUCCCUCUGUCUCCUCCUCGUGCUCCUGUGUUACAGCCCCUCCGCCCUUCUGUGAGCUCUCUCAUCGGGAUGAUGACGAUGGGAGGGAUGAGUGGUUUGUCCCCAAGAGGAGGAUUUCCUGCCUCUCCCUCAACCAUGGGCCCUCCUGGUGGGGUGAUAUCGCCCCCUAUUGCCUCCUCUGUCCCGACCUCUGUCCAACAAGGAAGGACUCUUCAUUACAGCCUCCGCCUCCAGGCUGAUCAUCCUGCUGUGAUUGCUGGAUCACUUGGAGCCCCGACAGGUGGAGGGCCACCAACUCCACCCCUCCACAAGGCCCCUACCACCAACUUACCUGCUGCUUCUGGUGCAACAGAUGGCAACACUUCUGUGUCGGGCCAGAAGGGAGCAAAAGAAGCUCUGUUGCGCCAUGGAGGAAACAGCUCUCAAGGUCUGCCAGCACUGGGCCGACUCACCCAAGAAGCCAGGCUGUUGUCGGCCUCACAGCCCACUCUGCCUCACCGCUCCUGGGCUGGACUGCAGCCUCAGCCGCCUCUCCACCGGAAGGCCUCUGGUGGUAAUUUGCUGGCGGCUCCAUUCCUGGCAGGGCAGUUAGCCAGGGGAGGCAGUGCGGGGAUGCUGACCUCUAAUGCUCCAGUUCAGUUGGUGGCACAUAUACCUUUUAAUGCACAAACACAGUCCACAGUUCCUUUUCAGCCCAUUUCAGCACAUUCUGUCUCUGCAAACACAACCACAUUCACACAAUCUGCCCCUCACGCUGCCUCUGUACCCACACCUACAGCUGCACACAUGCCUUCUGCAGCUUCUUUGCCAUCUUCCUCCCCUCCAAAGCACACCCCUCUCUCCUCUGCCACCCCUUCACCUGCACCCACCCCCUCUUCUCCCACACCUAUACUCUCCCAGACACCUCGUCCUAAACUUAUCCCAAUGACCCCCUCUCGCUCUGCCUCUCCUCCUCCCUGCUGCACUCCUCCUUCAGGAACACAACCGCUGUCGCUCUCAUCAACUCCUCGUCCCAAACCGAUCCCUACACCCUCUCCUCGGUCUUCUUCUCCCUCUCCCUCAUCCACACCGCCUCCAUCUUCUGUUUCUACCCCUGUUCCACUACCUCAAACUUACGGGCCCAGGUCAUCUCUUACCUCCUCUUCUCCCCCUUCCUCUUUGGUCCCCUCUUCCCCACCGCAUCUCCAGAGCCCGCGAGCCAAAGCAUCUAACACACCUCCUUCUGCCUCUCCAUUGUCUGGUCCCAGUCCUGCCCCAACCCCAAUCCCUUCUCCAAUACUCACUCCCACUCAGACUACCCGCACCCGCACUUCUACCCCCUCUCAAACACCCACACAAACAGUCACACCUGUUACUCCCACCCAGACCCUUACCCCUACACCUUCGCCCUCGCCCAUCCCUAUUACAUCUGUCCCCUCCAUAAGUAAAUCCCAGAGUCCAACUGCUUGUCUCCAGCCUUCUGUCUCUAGCUCAGCCAGAGGCCCCACUUUGAGCCAGAUUUCAAAACAGGCCCUGUCUCUAACCCCAACCCAAACUACAUCUCCUCCAACACCAGCUACCACCAGCUCUCUAACUAAAGUAACUUUCUCUGUUCAUCCUGUAAAGCAAACCUCUCCUGUCCCUACCCAAAGCCCCAUUUCAGGCUCUGGUCAUUCUAUCAAACCAACCCCAGUGACAGCAACCCCAUCUUCAACAACUUUAUGCCCAAACCUGAGCUCCUUUAACCCCUCAUCUCUUACUACCACACCUUCCUCCACCACCCCCUCUCCUAGUAUCCAAUCUGCCUGUGCUCACCCCCCAAAACAAAUGCCAACCACCACAGCUGCCCCUACCCAAUCAGCACAUGCAGCCGCCCCUGCCAACACCACCUCCCCUAAGGGUGGGAAAAAGGACCCUCAGCUGCCAAUCACCAGAAAAGACUCAGAGGGACUUAGACACAAACUGCCCGCCAAUAUGUAAGAAAGAAGAGGAAUAAAAUCUCAAAGGAUGUUGGACUGGUGUUGUGUUCACUGCUCAUUAACAGAGCCAUGGGUAUAGAGACUUGUGUCAGAGUUUGCACCAGACAUGUGGACAGGUACAUCUUGUUUGCAUUCACUCUAGGAUGUGAUUGUUUUAGAACAUCAGGUGUUCAUGUGACUCUCAAUCAUGCCAUUGAUCGAGGAAAAAGACUUUAUGGGACUGUCGAGUGGUUAGUACAGGCAAGGGUGGAGUCUGAAUAAACAUCCAAAUGUAUACAUACAUAUCUGUGUUAGUGAUUGUUGGAGCAAGCAGGGGAGCUGAAGUGGAAACAGCGUACACAGUAAAAUGAGCUGGAAGCAAUAGAGUGUCAGAAAAAAAAAAUAUGUGAAAAGUCUCUAUUUUCUUGAUGGAAACAGCAAUACAUAUGAAACCUUUGAGACACUCAUAAUAUGACAGGAAAUUACCUACAAUCUUGCUGCUGUUGGGAAGAAAACUAUUAUGAUGUCAGGUUCAAAUGCAGGCAACAGAGCAGACACUUCCUGGUUUCCAGCUCUAACUCCCUCUUGCCUCCCAUUCUGCACCAAAGUGUAAUAUUUUCUCAUCAGAAUAAUAAUAAUCAUUAUAAGGAUAUAGACUUUAAAAAUCACUGUUAAGUGGAUACUCGUAUGAAUUUUAAUAAUUAGGAGCAGUCCACUGGUAGUUUAGUUGUCCCAGGUGUGUGGUGUUUAGUUUUUAAACAAAGACAAGACUUUUAAACCUACAUGUUCACUCUGACGAUUUCUGUAAAUUGUGUUUUUUGUGUGACACACAAUACUGCUCUGCUGUGUACUGUGGCUCACUUGAUUUUGUUCCACCCAGCUCCGUGUACUGUAAAUACGUGCCUCUCUGUGGGUCUAUUGUAAGCUUCCUCGCUCCUUAGUCUUUCAUCCCGUGUCUGUCUCACAGCCUUUCAUCUGAUUUCACAGCUCUGGUUGCUAACUGUUUCUUUGACGGCCGCUCACAGAGUCUCUCCCUCUCUCUCGGUUUGUCCAACACUUUGCUCUCUGCUGCCAUCAGCCUCAUGUUCAAUUUGCCCAUCCUUCUGUUUCCUGCGAUGCAGUUUCAGUGCCAUUUCCAGUGAUGUUUGAUGUUUUGUGUGGGUAGCAACAAGGCAUUUCUGUCUUAACCCCUGAUACCAUGAUGCCUAGACUAUAUAUUAAAGGACCAAAUGUUUUAUUUUUUAUUUAUCACAGCUUUAGCUUAUUGAACAGAUAAAAUUGCUAAUAAUGCUGUCACAAUGAUGAUCUUGAGCGUGGUGAUGAUUAUGACUAUGAUGAAGAUGAUGAUAUUCUUGACAACCAUGAUGGUGAUGAUGAUGAUGAUGAUUGUGUAUAUCUGGAUGUAAGAAUAAAG